AUGGAGUGCAAGGAUGAGACAAAGCCGAGGCUGAAACCAUACAAGUUCUCAAACCAGAAGCUGAAGGACUUGGGUUUGGAGUUCACGCCGGUGAAGCAGGCGUUGUAUGAUACGGUCAAGAGCUUGCAAGAGAAGGGACACCUUCCAAUACCCACCCAGAAUGAUGAAUCUAGUCUUCGAAUCCAGUCUUAA